AACGCAAAGUCAGCCGCAAAUCAAAAUGUCAGUAAACUUUUUGACAAUUGCACUCCCGAGAAAUUCCUUUUUUCUAAAAAAAAAAUUGUAAAUUGUGCUUUUUCUUCAUUGAAUUGAUAAAAUUUUCUUGUUUCCCCGUCGUAAAAAAGCCACAGUGGUCCACGGUGGAUAUGAUGUAUGGGGAAAAGUGAAGGUGCGGGAUCUCAGUGAAUGAUUUUCACCGUCUCCCUGCCCCGGAUUGAAGUUUUUAGUGAUAGUGUAUUGUUAUGGAAAAAUCACAGUGAAAAUCGCCAAUAAAGACAAAUCCACGCAAAAAAAACAUUGUUAAAGUGUUGCAGAGGCAUCAGCGAUGACCUAUUGAUACAUUUUCCUUCUGUGCAUACAAUGGUUCAUCGUGUUUCGGGCAAAGAUGACACUUCUGCAUGUUCAUCUGCCACACGAUCACCGCGAGCACGACCAAAGAAGAAGGAAGGUGGUGCCGUGACAAAGACUGUAGUAGCGAGUGGUUUGAAUCGGGGCGGUAGAAAUGCACCAGCCCUGGAAAAAGAUGAAAGCUGUGGCGAUGGGAGUGAGGAUUCAGGGUGGACGACAAAGUCAAGAGGAGGACGUAGUGUGAAAGGAUGUGUUCAAGUGAUGCCCGAAGAGUCAUCUGUGAAAAGUGUGCCAUCGAUGGUGGUAGAGAAAGGUGUGCAGCAGAAAGUAUCUCCAGAUGGAGAGGACAAUGAGGAGGAAGAAGAAGAGAGGAGUGUUGAAAGUAGUGAAGAAGAUGAAAGUGAAACGAGUGAUGAGGAGGAUUCCGAUGGUGAUACAGAUGAUAAUGUGUCAAUAUCAAAUCUAAUGAGAAAGCAGAAAUGUGAUUUAGAUAAUUGUGCUUCGGGUGGUGUGACUAAAGAUUUGCAUAUUCGCUGCAGUUUGCCACUUCAUCGGCUGUCAGAUGAUGUUGUGGAGACACUCACGAGUAACGGGAAGGGAAGUAAGGGUGAGACAGCAAAUGGUGGAAAUAGAUUUCUUUGCCUAUACUGCGAUCGCUCCUUUGCCACACGUGAAAUUCGCUCAAAGCAUGCAGAUAGACUUCAUAGAUCAGCAGCAGGGCGUCGUUCGAGUGCACGCAAUAUGAUCAAUACAACACCGUCAGAUUUUGUUGGGUGUUCUUUUUGCAACAACACCAAGACAUUUUCUGGUUUUGCGACGGAUCUAGUGAGACUCUUUCAUCAUAUGAUUGAUAAGCAUGGUGAUCGAUAUUUUGGUUGUCGUGAAUGCAAUAUUCGAUGGCCAAUGAGUGAAGCAUUGCAGAAACAUCGUGAAAGUGUUCACAAUAUUCUUCCGAAAGGUGGCGUUCGGAAGGCGACAAGUUUGAAUGAUGGUGACUUUGAUGACAGUAUUCUAGCCAGUUCCAUUUCCAAAGUAACUACGACGAAAACAGUGGUGUCUAAGGGAGAAAAUGGGAAUCAUCAGGGACGUAAGAUGAUAACGCGCCUGUCAAAGAUGAAUAAAAAGCAUCAAUUGUUGCGAAAUGAAGAACCAAUGCUGAGUCGACUUGGUGUAGCACAAAAUCGAUCACCACGUACACGAAAAGGAAGCAAGGGACGUCCACAGGUGGAAUCCCGUGGGACAUCAGAGACGGGUAGUAGUUGUGGUCGAGUGAGUCGUUCAAAGAGUGUUCGUACAGCUACGGCUGGUGGUAGUGCAGUAGGUGCCAAUGAUAGUGGUGAAUUUAGUGGGAAUACCAGUGGAAAGUUAUCAAGUGGCAAAGAAACACUUAGUAGUACUUUCGAUGAUGACUUUUACGAAACGGUAAGUGUGAAUGUGAGAAAAAAUCUCAGUUGCUACCUCGAUGGAAAAAUUGGGAAUGAUCCAGAGGCACCGAGUGUCCAUACACGAUUCACUGAAGCUGUUCCUGCUGUUCCCAGUACAGUCGUGAGGAGUUCAUACAUGACUGACAAUGAAAUUCAUGAGGCCACAUCACUCAGUGCCAUUACGGCCUUUCCCACUCUCCUAACGGCCGAACAGUAUGGCACGGAGUGUGUAUCACCCAACAAAAGUAAGCGUACCAUCACGAAAAACUCGUGGAAAUGGAAGUGGGAUUUUGUGAAAAAGUACAAGUAUGUGAAUGAGGGUGGGAAGAUUGUUAAGAAGAUAAAGCAACAGACAUCGGGACUGAGGGAUUUAUCCAAAUUGGAUAUGUGGACACAGCUAACAAUGCGCACAAAGCAUGAGAUUGUCCAAAGGAGCAGUAGUGAUGCUCACGGGGAGAAUCAUCAGGCAAUUGUGACUGGUGAUGUGGCUCGUGAGGAAAAGAGAAAGACCAUUGAACAACUUAAUACAAUACUUGACACCAGACUAUUGCCCCAGAUUGUCCUGGAGCAAAAUGACCAAAGACUGAUCAAGGCAGAAGUAGUGGAGUGCAUUGAGGAUUCAGUGGAUGCAUUAGCAUCUCCAUCAAUUGGCGUUGCCGACGAAGGGAUGACGAGGGAAGAGGAUAAAUUUGUGGCAACACUGAAUCUGCAAAGGAGCGGUAGUGGUGAGAAACAACGGAGGUGUCAUGAAGUGGUACUGAGUGGUGAGUGGGCGAGACCACGGUGUUACGUGUGCUUUGGGUGUGGUGCUAAAUUUGAGACAAUCAAGUCUCUGGAGGAGCACAAGACCACCCGACAUCCUCACGUGUACUCAACACAUUACGAAAUAGUUGGCCGUGAACUCAUCGAGGGAGAGCUGUAUAAGCAUUUCUUCAUUCCCACCAAGGCCUUACGACGAAAAACAGAAUUUAUGCGUCAAGUGAGCAGUGAUGACAACAACAGUGGUACUGUUGAAGAUUCCAUGGAUAGUACAACAUCAUGUACAAUAUCGACAAAAUGUGAUAGUUUUGACACGGACUCAAGUUCACGGAUGUCCAAUAAGUCGACAGAUGUGACAGUGUGCACAAAGUGCAAAAAAGAGUGCACAGGUAUGAUGGAUCUCUAUCGGCACAUGCUCGAUUGUGUUGGUGACUAUGCAUGGUUGAUUGCAAAGAGACGCUUGAGACAUCGAUACUAUGGCAAUCGUUCGAGACGUCGUAGGGCAAAUGCCAAAUUACUCAGAUUUGGAUGCCUAAGGUCACCAAAACCGCCUAAAACACCAGAAAAUCGUGCCAUUACCACACCAAGAAAACAAUCACCCCAAACACCAAGAACUCGUCCAAGUGACGCGGACUCUAUUCAACGAAUGCUGGCAAAUCUACCAGCUAAGCGUUCAUCUCGAAGUGUUCAUCCUGUCAAACCCAUCCCAAUGCGCCGGAGGAAAUUGAUAGCAACUGCCACAGCGAAUAAGUAUACAAAACGUAAUACCAGAACAUCAAUAUUGGCAGCAAAGUCAUCAGGAUUGCUCCUGAGGUCAAAGAAUAAGUCAGAGGGAAAUAAGAAAAUAUCGAAGCAUCUUCAGCAACCGGAGAGGACAACAAGAAGUGGAAAUACAUCUAGUAUGAGGAAAAUUGUUAUUCCUAAGAGAGUGACACGAUCAUCGGAAUCACCCAAUACUAAUAGUGAUGAAGCUGUUCCCGAGGGUGUAACAACAAGAAAUAAGACGAAACAUUUAACAACACCCAUUAAGAAAGGUCCUAAGGCAAUUGCAAAGAAUUUGUCAAGUAAAUUUUCAAAAUCUCCAUCAAAGAGUCCUAUUAAGAAUUCACCAUCAACGCCUGUUAAAGUUGUUAAAUCCCCUACUAAAGAGUCUUCAGUAUCGCCAGUAUCAAAGAGAAUUGCUAAACAGGGAGAAAAUUCUGAGAAUAUUCAGAAAAAUGGUAAGGCAAAGAAAGUGAAAUUGGUGCAGAAGGUGGAUAAUGUGAAGAAAACAAGUACACCAAAUAAGACUGAGAAGCCUUUUUUAGAAGAAACGAAAACGAGCGACCAAGACGAUCUUGUCGAGAUAAAAUGUAUUAUGGAUUCUAUCAUAGAUCGUGCUUCUGCUGCUGUUGAUGCUGAGGAAAAGAUUAGAGAAAAUAUUGAUAUUGCAUCAACUCCUCCUGCCAUUUCAGUGCAGACAAAAGCAUUUGAGACUCCGACUCAGCAGAAAAUUGAAGAAAAUGCUCCAUUGACAUCGCCUACUAGUACAACACCGGGAAAGAGAAGAAUUCGAAAAUUGACAGAUUGUAUCGCUCGUCUAACGGAUAAACUUCAAGAAAAAUUGGGUAUACCAUUCCUGGAUAAUUCCACUACCAGUAUUCUCGCUAAACCGCCAGGAGAGACGGAAAAUCCUCCAGAGAGUAAGGAAGACGUUGGAAAUCAACAACAACAAGAAUCCCUAUCUACUAAAAAUGAUUCUAAGGCAACAGAAAAAGAUCUCACUCUCAAAACAAAAGACAUUCAAAUUUCUCAGAAGGAUCUCAAACUUGGAGAAAAAAUUGUCAAAGCUACUGAGAUUCAAUCAGUUUCUUUAGUGCAAUCUCCAGAAAAAGAAUCUACAAAUGUAGCAAAAGAAGUUACAUCUACUACAAGUAUUCCUGAAAUUGUUGUAAACCCUCCAGUUCCCGUUGCAGUGCCUCCUGUCGAAGAAGUGAUUGAUGCACCUUUAAAUUUGACUGUUAGAAAAUCCACGGAAGAAUUGGAUAAUUCACAGCCAAUUUGUUUGGUGAAACAUCCGCCAAUUCUGAAGAUCCCAACAGUUCCGUCGCAUUUAGGAAGUCGCCUUCAUCCCAAUGAAAUUGAUUGCAAUGUUGUUAUGGAUUUAAGUGCAAAAUCAGCCAGAACAAAUUCCCCUAGCACCAUAAGGACUUCCGAAAUUAUAAAUUCACCACGUCAAAUUGAUCUUCUUCCUAAGUCGUCGUCGUCUAUGGAAAUUUUGCCACAGACUCGUAGUGCUGCAAUAUUAAGUCCAACAUCAAGUACUCUGGCACCAGUAAAAGCGAUUAGUAGUGAGAUAUUGAAUCAACCACGAAGUAGUGAACUUCACAGUCUUACACGAAGUGCAGAAAUUCUCAAGCAACCACGACCAGAAUUAUUAGUUAAACGUACUAGUCCCAUCAUUCAAAUUCCUCAAGUUCCAGUGAAGACAGUAAGGCCGAAACAGACGAGAAAACCACGAGCUAAGGCACAAAAUUCCGCGUCAAAAGUUACCAAAACCACUAAGGAAGACUCAUCUGCUGAAAUUAAAUCAAGUGUAGUGUUUGAAAAUUCAGCAAAAGAGGGCAAAAGUGAUAACAAUAAUGUUGAAAAUGUGUCUCAAGUGACUUUGGAGAAGAGUGAAGGAUCUGUGCCAAUGAUGCAAAAUACCACGGUACAUCAGAGUAAAACUCCAACAAAAGACAAAGAUUUUGAGGUUGCACCAGAAAGUGCAAGUAAAAUAUCUCUCACUGAAAAUAUACUGCAAAGCAACAAUGAAGAAAUAUUGUCAGAAAAGGUGUCAGAAGUCACUGAAAAAGUUACUGAGAAAGGUAUCGUUCAAGUGGAAAAAUCCAAUGAGGUAAAUGAACAAAGUUCCAAUGCAGAAAAAGAUUCAGAUGAAAAGCCACAAAUGGAAAAUGAAGAGAAAAAUUGUGACAAAGAGAAUGUCAUUGAAAGUGAUCCAGUAAAUGUGAAAGAUAACGUCAAGAAAGUAGAGAAACAAGUUAAGGGAAAGAAAUCUCAAAAGAUGACUAAAGCACAGAAAAUAGCCCUUUCUCUCAAGGAACAGCCUGAAAAACUGGAGAAAGAUGAAGUUAUCGAGACAAAUGAUAAGACAGAACCACUGAAAAAAGUAACCAAAACCAAGAAGAAAGCACCACCUCAAAAAUCGGCAAAGAAAACUAAAAAAGGCAUAGCUGAAACGUCUGAAAUUUCCAAGGAAACACCUCAAGAAAUUGAGACAUCUCUUAAACCAGAAGCAUCUAAAACAAAAAUAGAAACCGCAGAGUCCGAGAAAACGACAGAAAGUAUUUCUGAUAUUUCUGAUGCACAAAAAAGUGCAGACAAUCCUCCUAAAAAGAAAGGUAAAAGAGCUAUUGCAGGACGAAAACAGCCUAAAGCAAUUGAAAGCCCUGAAGUAGUUGAAACAGAUAAGCCAAAUGAUACUCCAAUUGCCAAGAAAACCCAAAAACCGAAAAAGAAAGGCAAGGUUGAGGUUAAAGAAAGUGUUACUGUAAAUACUGAAGUCACUGAAAAAAUCGAACUCUCCAAUAAGAAUCUAAUGCCUGAACUUAUAAUUGAGGAUAUCCUCAAAGUUCCCGCAUCUGCAGAAAAGGGUCAGAAAUCGAAAAAAGUGGGAAAAACUGUUAGUUCUCCAAAACCAGUUGAAAUCUCUGUAUCAGUAGAUGAAUCUGUACAAACUGGAAAACAGGAAGAGAAACCUGAUACAGUUUCUGAAGACAAUUCAACUAAAUCAACACCGAAAAAAGUUCAGAAAUCCAAAAAGAAAGGCAAAUUAGCUACUACUCCGACAAGUAUACCUGAAAAAUUGGAAGAUUUAGAAGAAACUAAAACGCCUGAAAUUGACAAGUCUGAACCUGCUAAAGAUCUACAGGAAAAACCGAUAGUGGUAGAAAAAACUCAAACACCAAAACGAAAAAGACAACCUGCAAAGGUAUCAAAAGAAAAUUUGGCAGAUUCUGUUGAGUCGGAAAUUGUUGAGAAUGUUCAAAAGAAAGAGAAAUCAGAAGUCACCGUAGAAAGUAUUCCCAAGACUUCAAAGGUACAGAGAAAAGUUUUUCGCCCUAAGAAAAAAUCAGAACCAGAAACACCGGAAGUAAUUGUCAAAGAAACCACGACAGAAGAGAACACAGCAGACGUAGUCAAAGUAACUAAGAGAAAAGGAAGAGUUCAGAAAUCAGAAAUUCUUAUAGAAGAGAUAUCAAAGGUAUCUGAAGAAAAAGAUGAAUCUCAAAAGCAUUUAACAGUCGAGGAAAACACAUCAAUGCUAAUGGAAACGCCUGAGAAUUUACAAGUCCCCAUCAAGAAGAAAGGUAAAGUUACAACAGUUGGUUCUCAAAAGGCGAAAAAGGUCCUUAAAGGGAAAAAGAAUAUCCAAACUAAAGAGUUGGAAAUUGAUGAACAAAAGGAGAAACCUGAUGAGCCUUCUCAGAAUAAAAAUGACACUGAAAAAUCGGUUGAAGUUGACUUGCCUAAACCGCCAGAGGCAGAAGAAGCUGUCAACAUUGAGAAACCAGAUGUCAUUCAAAAGCCUAAAACGAAAAAAGCAAAAAUACAAAAGACCGUUAGGAGUAAAAAGCCUGAAAAUGUUGAUUCACUAUGUCUAACGGUUCCUGAAGAACCUAAAGAACCAGAAAUUGUUAAAGAUUCAGAUGAUGCGUCUGUAGCACAAAAAUCAGAAGAAUCUGAAGAUUCAACGAAACCAGAUGAAUUCGUUAAAUCACAGGUGACAGAAGAAAAGUCUAAAGUAGUUCAAAAGCCAAGGAAGAAGAGAAAAAAUGAAUUAGCAGCUAUUAUUGCUGAUCAACUUCUCGAGAGCUUUAAAGAAGUAGAUAAAUCUCGUAUCGAUGAAUUAAAAAUUCUACAUGAUCUGUCCUGUGAUGCAAAUUCAAAUGGAGAUGAACUUUUGGUUUCAAAUGCCAUAGAAAUGGUGACAACAACAAAAAGAAAAGCUGCAAAUAAAGUAAGCAGUGUGGAAACGGCAUCAGUUGUUCCAACUAAGAAAAAAGCUUCAAAACAGGCGAUAACUGAUAUUACAACUCCGAAAGUUGAUGCAAAGAAGCUUGAAAGUCAAUUUCAAACACCUGCCAUAGAUCCGGAAGAAAAAGUACCUAUUGAUGUUCCCAGUAAACCCAAGAAAUUAUCUCGAGCAGCAAUUGUUGAGGCCACCAAAGCCAAAACAAUUUCCAAAGAAAAGAAGGAUUCUGUAACGAGCAAUUUACUGAGAAAGCUUGAAGAUAGAGGUGAAGAAAGUUCAGAGGGUGAUUCUUCUAGGCUAUCAUCGACAACGUCUAAGAGUUCUUCGAGUCGAAAGAAGAAAAAGGAGCCACAAAUGAUCAAGAAAUCACCUCCAAAAGAAGAAUUGAGUAAAGAAGAGAUAAUCCCUCAAAGUGAGGCUGAAAGAGAGAGGAGCAAAGUCUCACUAGAAGAAGUGAACAAUCGUGUGGCAGAUUCUUUGACUCUUCUAGCAGCAAUGGACAUGAAUGCACAGAAAAAUGUGGAUGCUCAGAGAGUUGAGAUUGAAAAAUCCGGGAAACCUCUUGAUUGGGUUAGUCGAGUUGUGUCAUUGCCAAAGAAUCCACCCGAAUCAAAUACAAAAGCACCUACAUCAUCAGCAACAAAACCUAAAUUUAUUCUAAAACCUUCACGUCUUCAAGCACUUACAUCCUCAGUACCUGAUCCUUUUGAUGAACUUAAAGGUAACCCGGUAACAGACUUUCCAAUUCUUUCUCCUCCGAGUGACAUUAAAGUUCCCAUCCCGAAUGACAGUGAAAAGAAAAAUGGUGAACAUUCAGAGACAGUGGCAAAACUCGUGGAUAAAAUUAGAGAAUCUGGAACACAAUCGGAUUCAGAUGAUGAUACUUGUUUGGCUGAAAUUGCCAAGAGUCUCAAUAAUAGAAUUCUCACUACUGAUGAAUUUACAAAUGUCACUGAUACCCUUCCAGUAGCAGAAACUCCGAGUGAGAGUCCAAACAAUGCAGUACCUCCAAAUUGUCAAAAGGAACUGCAAGAAGAUCUGAAUGUUGAACCAGUAGACAUGGAUUUGGAGGAUGUCAUGAGUGUCUUCACAAGUGCCUCAAUGGACUCUGGCAUUACGGCCGGUGCAGGAAAAAUUGGAUCACAGAAAGUAUCUGCUGUGGCGAAGAAAAGAAAAAUGCGACGAUCGGUACUGUAUAAAUCCAAGAAACCCAAAGUCACUAAGACUGUGGUGACUGAAGGCGAACCUGCAACAUUCUUCUGUGAUAUAUGCAAGAAGCACUUUUCGCGUCAAGAUCGUCUUACAAAGCACAAAAUGACCAUUACACAUAUUGCCAAGUUGUCUGAACAGGAAUUCCUCGAUGCCCAGAAAAAUCGAAUGGUGGAGGAGAAGGAGAAUGAGUCACAGAAUGUGGAGAAUGUGACCAAGACACCGGUGGCAGAGGAUAAAAAAGAGGCAGAAGUGACUGAAAAAUCAACUGAAGUUGAGGAAGCUAAGAUCUUCCCACGAAGUCCCGUUCAGACGGGCAUUGAACCAAUAUCAUCCCCGGAACAGGUACAAGUACCACCCUCAAUGGAACGCUAUCCAUCUCCUGUGCGAUCUCACAAUCCAGGUACACCACGUCUCAAUCUCAGUCAAGAGGAAAAAUUAUUCUACGAAUGCUGCAACAUGCUAAAAGGUUCCAAUAGAAUUGGUGCACAAUCGGAGAAUAAAUCGCUCACGCCGAAAUCUAAUGAGCAACCUACAAAUUGUUUUGGUGGAAGUCACAGUGCUGUAUAUUGUGUCAAGUCUCCAAUGUCACAUCGCAGAAGUAGCCCUAAACAUGCCUAUCCGAAAAUUGACAUAAAUCAGUUCAGUGAUAUAUCAUCAGAUUCCAAUCCAAUGUUUUCAAGGCCUACCAAGUUUGCUCAAUCCAAAGGUAUCUUUGAAGAUACAGCAUCAUCUGUAAAUAAUCAACUUUCGGGUUUUCUGGCAACAGCAGAGAAAUUCCUCAAUGGUGCUUCAUCGACAUCAAAUACUCUGUACUACAAUGAUAAAUUGAUUGACAGUACACCACCAAUUAGUGGAACUAAUCCAAAGGAACCAAGUCUAACUGGAAGAUCAUAUUCAGAUUCAUUUUCUGAUAUGGGAGACAGUUUUCCUUCUUCACAGGAUGCCAGUGAGAGUGAAAAUUAUGCACAAACAAUUCUCGAUCGACCAGGAAGUAACAAGGCCAUUGAAAGUGAUUCUGCUGUUCUCAAAGAUGGAAAUGACUCAAUGGACCAAGGAAGAAAGCUUUACAAUGACAAGCACUUAUCUGAAAGAUCUUCUGGAUCUCCAAUACAUUCAACGACAUCUUCUCAAUGCUCUUCCAUCUCCAAAAUUCGCACGAAAGGAGCUAUGAAAGGUUAUGACAAUUUUAAGGUGUCCAUUCCCACAAAUGGUCUAGAUUUGCAACAAGCUCUUGUGCGAAAUCCUCAUGUUAACUCUAAAUUAGCCGCUCUAGCUGAUAUUGCUUUAAGUACUGACAUUCCGGGUAUUUCUAAACAGAACACCGUCACAACUGAUGAAGUAGAAUCUGAGAAACCUAAGGAUUAUCCCAAUUCUCCGGAGGAAUCUCCUUCAGUAGUUGAAGUGAAAAAUGAAAUUCCGCCUAAGGCGGUGAAAUCCAGGAAAACAAAAGACGAUGUUGGAAAUAAAUUGGGUUUUAAGUCAAAGAAGAAAGCACCGAGUAAGGAGAGCAAAGUCACAACAGAAAAGGAUAAAAGUGAAAAGGGUUCGGAGAAAAAUCCUCUAGAUGUGUAUGAAUUUGAAGAAUCUAAAGAUUCUGUUGAUGCACCAAUUUUACCAUUGUCAAAGAGAACAUUCUUCAGGACAAAUCUAGAAUUGGAAUCAUCGCAGAAUGUUGAAGGUGAUUCAAAAUCAACUGAAGUGACAGGAGCUGAGAAGGGGGUCAAUAAGAAGGCCGAAUUGGAAGACAAUGCUAGUCAAAUGUCAUCGACGAGUUUCUCAGAUCGAGAUGAUUUCAAUUAUAAUUCCAAUUUGAGUGAUGAUAGUGAUUCUGAAAGUGCAUCACCAUCACCAAAAUUGCCAACAACACCGAGUAGUGUGAAAAAGACGAAAAAACUACCUGAUCCUGUACAAAAGAAAUCUCUCAUUAUGGGUAGAAUAUUUAAGAAUGCUCAGAAAAAUCGACCACCAACGGACACUAAAACUCCUUCGACGGAAGGAGAAACAACAAAGAGACCAUUUCUGCAGAAGCAGGAAUUGGACAAAUUAUUUGACAGUUUAAAGAGUGAUGGGAACAAUGAGGGCAAAAGCGAAGGAUCUCAAGAACUUCAGAAGUCCUCAAAUGAACCUGACAAUGAAUCCAAUGUGGAAUCAAAGGGACGACAGAAAAAGUCAUCAACUUCGGCUGAAACACGACGUUCAGCUGCCAAUAGGAAAUCCCGAGAAUUGGCCAAGUUUGAGGCUGAAUGGGGAAUGUCCUUGGAGCAGAUUGAGGAGAUCAUUGGGAUUGGAAAGAGGAAGUCUCAGAGAAAGUGUGCAGUCGGUAAACAAAAGAUCUUAGCUGAAACAUGGAGUUCUGAUGAGUACGAAGAAUUUCAAACGACAAAGGACAUCAUUGCUUUGAUUCAGGAGAAGGAGCUGAAAUCAAGCCAACGGGCACUACGCAAUCAAAGACGACGAGAGAGUCUGAAGAGUCAGACGAUGCGUUCACUGGAUGAUUCAAAGGAGAGUGAAGAAGCUGGCGCAGAAACUUGGGAUGUUCGUCGUGCUCUAGGGCUUGAGUACAAGAAGGCACGGGGAAGUAAGAAAGUUGUACGAAUUGCAGGUGGAAGUGAUGUCGAGACAUCACAGAAGACAAAAGAUCCACCACCUAGACCGGCUAAAAUCAAGAAACGUCGUCAGACGAUAGCCUUCAGAGCUACUGAACCGUCUCCAUCACCCGAAAGGGACAUUCCCGUUCGGAGUGCCGGCAAACGGAGAGAAUCUGCCAUCCGGGGGACAACGUCCGAUGGUGAAUCUGGUGGACGUAAGUCAAAAAAGGUUAAAUUCCCUGAAUCAUCGCAAGCAUCACAAUCACGACCGAUGGCAAGGAGUAAAAGGGUGGCCUCGGAGAUGCUGUACUACUGGUCAUCGUCGAGUGAUGAUGAAUUCGGAAGAAUCAACAAUAGUCGCGAUGACGAUGACGAUGAACUUUCGCAGGAAGGUGGAGAAGUACUUCAGCAACAUGGAUGGAUAGUUGGGGAUUCUCACAAGAAACUUGUCACUCUCCUGGCACAUGCUAAGGGCAAGAAGACAGAAGAGUGCAGUGUAAAAGAGGCCUCCAGUGGAAAUAACAAGAAAAAAUCUUCCUCAUAGGACAUCCAACAUCGUCCAAUUACACCUACAGUGACAGGCAAAAGUAUUGAAACAGUGCACUAGUGUUCAGUUACAAAGAAAUAUUUUGUGUUUAGUAAUAAAAGUGUGACUCGAGGUAUUGGGGUAAGUUGAAUCACAAAAAAAAACUUUAACUUGUGACUUCUUUGAGAAGAAAUUUAACUCAAUGGAUCUACAUUUUUUUUGGGUAAAUGCAUAGACUUGUACAAA